AUUUUAAAAGAGUGAAUUAACUCCUCAGGUACAAAGUCCGCAUUCUAAAGAGCGACCUCCUCCGUUUUCACAAAUGGAGCUAUCAGCAGCAGCGCCACCCGGUAUUCUUAACUGUUCAUCUCCUCCACUAAAACCGAGGGUUAGCUUCGCGGUUUCUCGUACAGAUCUCACACCCACCCCUCCUUCUCUACGCGCAUCACCUUCUUCACUGAACCCAAGCCGCCACUUGAAGCUCAAACACAUGGACUCUCAGAGAAGCUUCUCACCGCGUGCCUCUCUGGCCGAAAACAAUGGCUCUACUCUGACCGAUUCCCCGACCCCAAGUAACUCAGGGGUUCGAAUUGGGGAGGUCAAGAGGGUGACUAAGGAGACCAAUGUCUUGGUCAAAAUAAACCUGGACGGCACUGGAGUUGCUGAUUCUAGUACUGGGAUUCCCUUCCUUGAUCAUAUGUUGGAUCAACUUGCUUCACAUGGGUUGUUGGACGUGCAUGUAAGGGCCAUUGGUGACAUCCACGUUGAUGAUCAUCACACAAAUGAAGAUGUUGCUCUUGCUAUCGGAACGGCUUUGCUUCAAGCACUUGGUGAUAGAAAAGGAAUCAACAGGUUUGGUGACUUCUCUGCUCCUCUUGAUGAAGCACUGAUACAUGUCUCACUGGAUUUAUCUGGCCGACCAUAUUUGGGUUAUGAUCUGCAGAUACCCACCGAGAGGGUUGGGACAUAUGACACUCAGCUGGUGGAACAUUUUUUCCAGUCUUUGGUGAAUACUUCUGGUAUGACACUCCACAUCCGGCAGCUUGCUGGAAGAAAUUCUCACCAUAUUAUUGAGGCAACUUUCAAGGCAUUUGCUAGGGCUCUCCGACAAGCCACAGAACAUGACCCACGUCGCCUUGGGACUGUGCCAAGUUCAAAAGGUGUCCUGUCACGUUCUUGAUGCUCCAUAGAUCCGCAUCAAGGAGAUCCAGUUUGGUGAUUUCUCUUUAUGUUCUAAGAUAAAAGCAAGUUAAAGCUCCACCAUGUUAAAGACAAGGCUAGUUAUCAGAUCUCCAGUGAUAGAUGUCAAGUCGAAAACGCAGACGUGAGUUGUCGCAUGGCUGGUAUUUAUACAGCUAUGCAAACAAAGGUGUUGUAUAUGUAUAAUUACAGUGGCAAUAAGUUAUUCCUGAUUGGUGUAAAAAUAAUGGGCACUUAGGUUCUUGAGUAUUUAGUGGUUUUGAUGUGGCAAACAAAUGGUUCUCUUUCUCGU